UCACUGUCUUCACAUACACUUCAUUGACUAUCACAUAUUCGGGCAUUCAUUCAUCUCUGAUAUCCUGGUGACGUCGGGCUGUUCUACCACACUCUCAAUAACUCAGGGGACUUUGUUCCUGAUCUCUCUGGAAAAUCUCCGACGGUUGGACAAAGACACGACACGAUGGGUGGCUUCUACAUGGCAUAUCUGGAGAGUUUGUGCCGACGCAGAGGAUGGCGUGAUCCCUUGUACGAGACGUACAGGAGUUCUUCGGGGUUUACCUGUCUGGUACUGGUCAAUGGACGAGAAUAUCAGACAGACCUCGCCUACGAAUCGGAUGGGCUGGCACAGGAGAAUGCAGCUAUGCGUGCGUUCAUGGUCUGCCGGAACUUUUCGGUCAAUGGAGGUAUGCUAGCACGCAAUGGCGUUGUCCAGGGACUGCCAGCAAAUGAGCACAGUGGCAGACGACGAAGAGCCAAGAAUUAGCUAUCCGAGUACACACAGGCUGAUCACUCGGCCACGAUGUCCUGCUCUGCCCAUGGAUAAAACCGGGAUUGAGCAGAGACCUAAGAC